AUGUUACCCAGCCAGUCCCACCCGAACCGUCAGUCACUCCCAGCUGGGGAUACCAACGGCUCGCAUCCCGCCGUUAAAAUCGAACGUCAAUUCCACCAGGAUGAUUCAACCGACUUGAAUGGCUUCUCCUUGGACAACCACAACCGCAACGAUGGCGCUGCCAGUGAUAUCGAAUCACACAGUCUGAUGGAAACCUCCCAGUUUCCCGAAUUUCCCUUCUCAUUCCAGGAAAUCCCCGAAAACAACCAGAUGAUCGACCUGGAGGAUCAUGCGACUGAUCUAUUCGCUACCCCAGGACCCGGGUCCAUGUCGUCAAUCGGGGGCCGGAAGGAUUCGACUGCAUCAGCGCCACGCAGCGCCACUUUUAAUAUGAUGGACCAGCAGAACAAUAGGCGGCGCAGCAUCGACGGGUCUGACGAUGGAAGCCAGGCGAGUAACCCUGGCGGCGCCAAUUCUCUCGAGGACAAUAUGUCGGAUGAAUUCGGACUUUCCGCAAGUAUUCCGGGCGAUGGCACCGACUUGGGAGGCAAAUUAAAGGAGAACAAGUCUGACCCAACACCAGCUUGGAGUGAAUUGAAAACCAAGGCGGGAAAGGAGCGUAAGCGGUUGCCCCUGGCAUGCAUCGCAUGCCGAAGGAAGAAGAUACGUUGUUCGGGAGAAAAGCCGGCGUGUAAGCACUGUCUGAGGUCGCGCAUCCCUUGCGUGUACAAGGUCACUACGCGAAAGGCAGCUCCAAGGACCGAUUACAUGGCCAUGUUGGACAAGCGUCUGAAACGGAUGGAAGACCGCAUCAUCAAGAUCGUACCCAAGUCGGAACAGGAUUCGUCUGCUAAAGAUAUCACCCGAGGCGUGGUGAAGCCCGUUCUCCCCGGGACUCUCACGGCAGGCAAGCAAACGGCCAAGAAACGUGGUGCUGAUGAGGCCUUCGGAGCCGAACUAGACCACUGGGCUCGGGGAUCAUCGAAGACCAGGGCUGACGGCUCGAGCAAACCGACAUCUCUGCAGGUGCAAGAGGCGGAGGAAGGCAAGCUUCUAUACGAAGGAGCAGAGGCAUUGCCGCCGAAAGACCUUCAAGAACAUCUGGCAUACGUUUUUUUCGAUAAUAUUUACGGGCAAGCGUAUCACCUACUCCAUAAACCGAGUUAUAUAAGGAAACUGAAGUAUGGCUUCCCCCUUUUGAGCAUGGUACAACGGCACUAA